GACUUGUGCGCCCGGGAAACCCCGUUGCUCCCUUUCCCCUGGCUGGCAGCGCGGAGGCCGCACGAUGCCUGGAGUUACUGUAAAAGACGUGAACCAGCAGGAGUUCGUCAGAGCUCUGGCAGCCUUCCUCAAAAAGUCCGGGAAGCUGAAAGUCCCUGAAUGGGUGGACACUGUCAAGCUGGCCAAGCAUAAAGAGCUCGCACCCUACGAUGAGAACUGGUUCUACACGAGAGCUGCUUCCACAGCGCGGCACCUGUACCUCCGGGGCGGUGCUGGGGUCGGCUCCAUGACCAAGAUCUAUGGGGGGCGUCAGCGGAAUGGCGUCAUGCCCAGCCACUUCAGCAGAGGCUCCAAGAGUGUGGCCCGUCGAGUCCUCCAAGCCCUGGAGGGGCUGAAAAUGGUGGAAAAGGACCAAGAUGGGGGCCGCAAACUGACACCUCAGGGACAGAGAGAUCUGGACAGAAUCGCCGGACAGGUGGCAGCUGCCAACAAGAAGCAUUAGAACGAACAAACGAUGCUGGGUUAAUAAAUUGCCUCAUUCGUAA